AUGGAUGCAUUAUUGCCACAUACAGAGGCUGGCUCUAUGCCGUUGCCCCGUCGAGAAGGGCCAUCCGCAGUCUCAGGGCUGCUCUCUAGACUUCCCGUCGUGAAGCCAGACUUGGAGACGCAGCACGGUGAUGCAGCGGCCGGCGAUUGCUCCUCCCAGAGCCAUGUCACAUCUCAUUCUCAUCUUGCAGCAGCGCAACCCAAGACACGGCGACGGCGCGGCUCCCUUAGAAAGGUUGCCUUACUCGGCAGAGGAGCGCAGCGUGACAAGCGCGACGGCAGAUCUCUAGCGAUUGAUACAGCGCAAGCCACGGCAUACCCCCUAGUCCCUGGCACCCUUGAUGGUUCGGCUUCUUUGGGCAGUCAUGAUGCUCUGGGUCUUGAGGUUGCGCGAAUGCACGCUCUGGUAAAGCCGAGUGCAGUAUCAUUGGGGACUCAGGUUGGACUAGCCAGCCCAGACCACAAUACAGAGGCUCAGAUAACACAGGAUACGUCGACAACGGAUGAGGAUGAUAUACUGCAUAUUUCACAUAAUUUGGUCACCACCAGACCGAACUUAUCGGCAUCUUCCUCGGGCUCGGAAUCAUACUUUGCCACACGAGGGACCUCCCCUCGACCAAGUUCCUUCCAGCCGGCAAAAUCACCACUGUCAUACAGCGGCCUCUCCACCAAUACGAUACCUAACUCGGAUGCUGAUUGGGACUACGCAGAAACGGAGUGGUGGGGGUGGGUUGUCCUCACUGUGACAUGGUUGGUCUUUGUUGUUGGCAUGGGCUCAUGUCUUGACAUUUGGAGCUGGGCAUGGGACGUUGGCAAAACGCCUUAUGCGCCGCCUGAGCUGGAGGAUGAUCCAACACUUCCCAUAGUCGGCUACUAUCCGGCCCUUAUGAUACUCACAUGUGUAAUGGCCUGGGUCUGGGUUGUGGUGGCCUGUUAUUAUUACGCUCGCGAGUUGUCGGACAAUUGGCGCGGCUUUGCACGCAAAUGCAAAAUGACUGAUGCAUUGGUGUUCGCUCGUUCCUGUUUCUGUGUCAAUGGCGCAUGGCAUCUCGGCGCCGGCUCCGCGCUUGGAUAUAGGAGGCACCCCGUGCCACUAUACCGACCGAUGACAGGCCUUCUGGCGUCACCACGCACCGGAUUUUACGGUUGUGUCCUGUAG